UAUAACGGACGUACUGUGUCGAUUGUAGCGGUAAUUUUUUUCAAAUUCUCAUUCGGAACGUAAAACGUUACGUAUUUUUCGGUUGACUUUUAAGGAGUGAUCCGACAGUGAAUUGUUAUUCCUUCGCAUUUAUUUUUCGCUCUAUCAAUCGCAGAAAAGAAAAUAUAAUUGUAAUCAAGACGAUAGAUAAGUGGUGUUUACUUAAUCAAAGUUGAUUUUUUAAUCGUGUUUUCUUAAAGAAUCCAACGAUCAAAACACGGAAUUAAUACAAAGUGGAUUUUUUUCGAUCAAAGUUGAAAAAUUCGAUUAAAUAUUAUAAAAUACAAGGACCCCAGUCUAACUUGUCUAACUCUAAUUUCAAGAAUUUUUCCACGUACUUUGUUGUUGAACAUUUUGCGUUUUCUUUUUUCUUUAAAACAAGUGAAACAAUUUCGAUUCAUCUUGAAGCGCAUAUAAGCGUCAAGCUUCCCUUUUCUCGGUUGAUGCAAGCAAAACGAGAACAGGAUUGUUUGUAUGUGUGUAUAAAAGACGAAGUGAAACAUUUUGAUGGACUUUGGAUCUGCUUGGAACAUCGUUGAGCACUUUUAAAUAAUCUCUUUUGUGGAAAAGAAAAUCCUUUUAUUGUGAUUACUCACAUCGUAUGCAAAAUUACGCUUGUAUGUCUUUUAUGUUGAUUUGACAAAGGAACGACACUCAUUCUAUACAUGUAUAGAUAGAAAACUAGUCAACAUAUCGGUGAACUUAUGCAAAUUUUUGUGUUUUAAAUUAAAGAAAAAAAAACUCAUUUCUGUUCACUAAGACUAAGUUAAAAUAUAUUUAAAAAAAAAAUAGGAAAAAAGCGACAGAUCACAGUGAAAAAAGGCAACCCCAUUUGCAUUGAAGAAUACAAAAAAAAAACAAAUUAAACUUUCUAAAAGAAAAUCUUUUGUGCGGUAUGCGGAAAAGUUUGUGGAAAGUGAUUCGCGCUGAACUGCUUGUGAGUUCGGAAAACAUAGAGAAAAAAAGAGUUGCUUUUUUGUGGAAACAGGAACAAAAUGAGUGAGAAAAGAAAGAUCAAAGACGAAGAAAAUUAUUGAAAGAUAUUGUGGCACUUAUAUUAAAUUAAAUUAUUUUGUCAAAAUCGCCAACGACACGAUCUUUAACGUUGUGUCACUGAAAAUUUUGCAACAAUUGUGACUCUUUGUGUUUACAAUUUUAAUGCCAAAGUGAAGCGAAAAUACACCAAAAAAAUCAAAAAUAAACUAUUUGAGUCGUCAAGUGCUUAAAAUAAACAGAAUUUUUGAAAACAAAUUGAACCAUAGUAGCAAAAUAUCCAGUGGCAACAAAAACACCGACCGGCCUUCCUUUCCUCUAUCUUAAUCUAAAUACUUUAUACUGUGUGGAAAUCUUUCAAGUUAUUUACAAAUAUCAUUUUGGCCAAAAGUUCUUAACAUUUUUGAGGCGACACACAAUUGAAUCUCAUCACUGAAAACUCAUUCAGGCUCAACCACAUACACAAUGAGCCAGAGACAAUUCUAAAGUUUGAUAUUGUUUGAGGCUGCAAAAUAGAAAAAGUAGUAAUAAACUGAACAAUCAGUCGAAUUGCAUGGGCUAAUGUGAAUUUUGUGCAUAUUUGUGGCAACAAUAGCAAAAAUAGUGAAAGAACAAACGAAACUUGAGCAAUGCGAAGAAGCAAAACCAUACGAAUGAACGGGGUAGAUGUGUAAACAAUGUGUGCAAAAUUUACACGAAACUUUUAACAUAUUGUGUCACCAAAGAUUUUCAACCAGUGUGCGUAAAUAGAUCAAAGGCGACAGACGACAUAACAUCGUGUACGGGACCUUUGUACAAUCAAUGUGAAAUUCAAACGAAUGCACGAGUACGUACAUAUUCAGAGCAAUUAGCUCCAGUUAAUUGAUUGUGUUGUUUUAAGGCGCAUGUGAAAGUACAUCACGGUGUUUUUUGAAGAAAAAAAAAUACUCUUUCAAACGAAAACAUUCCGUGCAUUGUCAUCCGACUAUCAAUACACAAACAGUGCUAAUAUUGCAUUCCAUCCAAAACGGCUACAAAACGAAAAUUUAACUUGUAGUGAUAUUGUAUUUGUGAGAAAAUUGUGGAAAAAACAUUGACCGGUGCAUUUAUACAGUAAAAAUAAAAAAGUGGCCCGCAAAAUACAGUUUAAAUGCAAUAAAAACCCCUUUUGCAUACUUAAAAUAUAGAUAGAAAUAAAAGUGCAUUUCGCGAGAUAGAGAGAAAAAUCCCGACCUGACAAAACAAAAAAUAAGGUGUUGUAAAAAUAAAAAACAAUAAUAAUAAUAAAUCAUUAAAACAAAUGAUGAAAAUUCGGAAGAGCAACAAAACGUCAACAAAGCGAAAUAAUAGAGAAUUAAAAAGCAUCACCAGUUACAGUCAUACGAAAACUUACAAAAUGAAGAAGGCAAAUAAUAGCAGUUGCAGUAGUUUGUGGCGGCGAGUCCUUAGCAUCGGUUUACUUUUACAAAUUCUGUUAAAUUGCGGUUUAUCAACAGCGACGAUACGCAAUGUAAGUCUUCUGGUCGAUCCACCCUCAGUGCGUCGUGGUCAACAUGCGACAUUCAUAUGCUCUUAUGAUCUAAGUGGCGCUCCAUUGUAUUCCGUGAAAUUUUACCGUGGAAACCAUGAAUUCUAUCGUUAUUCGCCCAGCGAAUUGCCAACAAGCAAAGUAUUCCAAUUUGUUGGUUUCAACGUUGACUUAUCGAUGUCAAACGCAAGUCAAGUGGUCAUACGUAACGUUGGAUUUGGAUUGUCGGGAAAUUUUUCGUGUGAGGUAACGGCUGAUGCACCAUCUUUUUCAACGCGUACAGCGCAUACACUAUUGCAAGUUGUCGAUUUACCUGAAAGGAAGCCAAUGCUUUGGACCGAACACGAACGUUAUGAGCCAGGCGAAAUAUUGGUAGCCAACUGCAGUUCACCACCAUCACGACCCCGAGUAGAGCUGAAACUCUCCAUAAACAAUUUAGUGCAAUAUGCAGCCGAACCGCAGUAUAUAACAACAACUGAUAAUUUAGUAGCAACGCACAUUAACCUUAGGCUACAGCUACAAAGUUCACAUUUCCAUGGUUCGCCACCGUUAACAACUGGCGGACUUACAUUAAGAUGCAUGGCAGAGAUACCAAAUUUAUAUUUGGAAAGCACUGAAUUGGAAUUGGGCGCAAAACCAAGUGAUCCAGUACCAGCCAGAGUUACAUCAAGUUCAGCAUCGCUUCCAAAUCGAACAAUUGCUGCAAUGGCAACAGCGUCAAAUGUCAUCAUCUCACUGGGUCUGAUGCUAUUUCAACGGCUCCUUUUGAAGCAUUGAUAGAUCAUUUAAAUCAAAACACUGAAAUUUUUCUGUGACAAGCCAAUCUUCUUAAGUUGCUGAUAAUUUUCCACCUCUCUCCUCCUCAUACACUCACACCACACAAACGCGCGCGCGAGAUAAUGAUAUUUUCACCAAUUUUCAAAUGGCAAAAAAUUACAACAAAACGAAAAAUACUCUGACUAAAUGAAAUCUUUUUUUAAGUUUUAUUAUAAGUACUUUGUUUUCAAAUGUUUGUGUACGACUUUGUUU